AUGAAGACUGGUGUAACAUGUUCUGUUAUUUGGUUAUUUACUCUAUUUUGCUAUAUAGAGGCAGCAUUCCGUUGUGACUACGAGUACAGCACUGAAGCAAAGGGUUGGUUCAAACAUGUCAAGAUACCAGCUACUUGGGCUGACGCACGGCUGCACUGCACACUGGAAGGUGCAACACUGGCUUCACCAGUCAACUCAGAAAUCAGUACCGAGAUGCAGUUCAUCUUGAAGAAUCGCUCCAGGUCGCAAUCAGAAAUCUUUACUGGAAUUCACGCGACUUUUUCACUAAGCAACUUGUAUUAUACUAUCGAAGGUGUACCUCUUAGUGAAAUUCCGUUAGUUUGGGCAGAGAAUGAGCCAAAUAAUGCGGGGAAUAAUGAACACUGUAUCACGUUUAACGCGAAUGGCGAAGCGGCUGACAGAUCCUGUCAUGAGACUCGACCUUACAUCUGCUUCCGUUCAGGCGAACAUAAGACUUUGGCCAAUGAAUGCGGGACUGUAGAUCCAGAAUACAAAUUGGAUGCAAGAACAGGCUCCUGCUAUAAGUUCCACACAGUGCCUCGCACGUUCAGUCGUGCACACUUCGCGUGUUCUGCUGAAGGUGGUCGCCUUGCCAUAAUCAACAAUGAUGUUGAAGCUACAGUACUGAGAGAACUCUUCGCAAAAUACCCAGGUGGAAAGAUGUUCGGAUCUUUCUGGAAAGACGUUGCCUUCAUUGGUUUCCAUGACUGGGGUGAAUCUGCUGACUGGAGAACUAUUAACGGACAAACGUUGGUAGAAGCAGGGUACAACAAGUUUUCUGGUGGGGAGCCAAAUAAUGCCACUACAGGAGAAUCGUGUGGAUCCAUGUAUCGAAAUGGUUUACUCAAUGACCUUUGGUGUGAGAAGCCUGCACCAUUCAUCUGUGAGAAAAAUCCAAGAUAUCCACCUGUCUGUCGUAAAUCAGAACUAGAACCUGCAUUUGAUCCUGACAGCUUCUAA